AUGCAGCAGCGAGGAUUGGCAAGCUUCCACCAGUGGUGCCGCAAGGUCGUAUGCGUUGGCCGCAACUACGCGGAGCACGCCAAGGAGCUCGGCAACGCCGUGCCGCAGACGCCGGUGCUCUUCCUCAAGCCGCCGUCGUCGCUGGUGACGCACGGAAGCCCCGUCGAGCUGCCCGCCGCCGCCGCGGACGACUCCCACCACGAGGUCGAGCUGGGCCUGGUGAUCGGUAAGCGAGGCCGUGACAUCCCAGAGGCCGCCGCCAUGGACCACAUCGGAGGCUAUGCGCUGGCCAUCGAUAUGACCGCCCGCGGUCUCCAGAACGAGGCCAAGAACAAGGGCCUGCCCUGGUCCGUGGCCAAGGGCUACGACACGUUCUGCCCGGUGUCCCGCUUCAUCGCCAAGGAGGAGCUGCCCCACCCCGAGGACACCACCCUCUGGCUCAAGGUCGACGACGAGCUCCGCCAGAACGGGUCCACCAAGGACAUGAUCUUCUCGAUUCCUUUCCUGGUGUCGCACAUCAGCAGCAUCAUGACCCUGGAGGAGGGCGACCUCAUCCUCACCGGCACUCCGUCCGGCGUGGGUCCGGUGAAGCCCGGCCAGAGGCUGACGGCCGGCAUCGAGGGCAUCUCCCUCGACGUGUCCUUCCCCGUGCUCCUGAGAUCCCGCCCCUCCGCCUAA